GGACGUCAGCUAACCGCGUGGAGCUGUUCUACAGACACUUCACCUUGGUUUACAGUGUCAUCGGAAUACUCUUUAUUUCUGUCAUUGAGAUGAUAGAGUUUUACUAUACCAUGGAUGAUAAUUUGAGCGAAUGCCUGUAUAAUGCGGCCAACAUUUUAACCGUGGGCAUGUCUUUAUUCAAAUUACUUGUCUUGUUUCCACACAGAAAGGAUUUUCUGAACUUAAUUCGGUACUUGGAGAGGAAAUUUUUACAUGCGGAUUACGACUUUUACGAGAAAAUGGUCUUGGAUACGUGCAAACGUACCAGUACGUUCUUCAUUUGUACCUUUACUUAUUCUUGCCACGGUGCACUGAUAAGUUACGUCCUACAUCCUAUCAUGGUUAACAUUGGAAGAAACACAUCAGACAGAGUAUUGCCAGUGAAUAUGAGAGCAGAUAUGUUAUCCGUGACACCGUACUUCGAGAUACUAUUUCUGUUCCAGGUUUUGGCCAUAUAUCAAGUUGGAGUGGUCUACUUCUGUUCUGAUAAUUACCUAUGUAUCAUGAAUCUGCAUGUAGCUGGACAGUUUCGUAUGCUACAGUACAGACUGAAAAAUAUGAAAAGCGCGAUUAAGACGUCAAAAAAUAAAAAGAAUGGCGAAGAUAAAUAUUACGAUACAUUUAAAACCUUUGUUCAACAACAUCAGGCAUUAAUUGCGUACUGUGACAAAUUGCAAGAAGUAUUCGGUUUCUAUUCACUGGGACAAGUAUUCCUGUUUAGCUUGUUAAUCUGCUUUGGCGGGUACAUGUUACUUUUGGCAGAUGCACACCCUGCAAGACGCCUUAUUUUCGUGUUCCACAUAUUCAACAGCACAUCGCAGCUAUUCAUGUUUACCUACAGUUGCGAUCGUAUAAUACACGACAGUGCGAAUGUCGCCACGGCCAUAUACUCAGCCCCAUGGCCUCGUACGCCAAUGAACGCAGAUGGACGAACUUUGCGAAGAGAUCUAAAACUUAUGAUGAUAAGGUCUAACGUGCCUUGCUGCUUAACUGGUUAUGGAUUUUUCACAGUAUCUCUGGAAACAUACACGAAGGUCCUAAGUACAGCACUUUCAUACUUUACACUAUUGAGGGGAAGCUCUACAGACACGCCAUGA